UCGGCCGUCGAGCAUUUCGCGCUACUUUCGUAAUUCGUUGCGUGGUGCGACCGGCCGCCUCGCCUGGCCCGCAGGAAGUAAAAGUUCGAAGUGAUCUUUGUCACGAGUGUAUGGCGUCAGUAACGGAUAACAUUGCAGGUGCAGGGUCAGAAAUAUUUAACCCACUUCCACCAGUGUUAUGUCAUAAUCCUCGACUUAAAGUGGAGCCAGAAAAGGUAUCACUAAGAAAUGUAUUUGCUGAAAAGUUGCCACAUCAACAUAAAUCAGAGAUUGUUAUCAAAGAAGAGACUAAAAAGGAUCCUGUUCCAAAGUUUCCUUUACAUAUAAGUUGGUCACCUAGUCAUUUUUGUUUUGACCUUAAUGGCGAAGUAAUGAUAUGUAAAUUACGAAUUUGGAAUCCAGGCAACCGCACCAUUUAUACCCGAUGUUGUGGUUUAUGGGAUGACUCAGCACGACUAGGAGCGAGCUGGAAAACUUAUCCUCGAACGAGAUUCCGCUUAGUUCCAGGUCAAGAGGGCAUACUAUACAUAAAAGCCACACCUAGAGAUCGUUCUCCGAUACCAUUAGCUCAUAUUGGCUUGCAAAUAACUUCGGCUCAUUUGAGGGAUAAUGUUGUCGGGUACUUUUUAGUACCCAUACUGGUCAAAUUUAUGACGUACGUACCUCCCUGUCUUAUGGCAGAUGAAUAA